GUUUUUUUCUGCAGUGAAAUAUUCGAGCGUCGGCUGAAUUCGAUUUUCUCUGUUUGCUUUCGAUAAUCUUUAUGACAUUGAUCGGCCGCGCUCAGAUGCGACGACCACGUGAACCGGCUCCAGGUGACUGCUGCGGGAGCGGAUGCACUCGCUGUGUUUGGGAUAUGUAUUACGAUGAACUGGCCAAAUUCGAGGAGUUUAUCGCCAAUGGUGGGGAAGAAGAGGAGGCGAGUGUGUCUUCGGAAGACGAUACGCCGAUCAGUUACGUUGGGUCUGUUGUUGUCAAGUAUCUUGGUGCCACAGAGCUCUCUGACCGCUCCGCGUAUACCUUCUCAGACUUUGAGAAGGAAGAGGUGAAGCUGCGCAAUUUGGUGCCGAUUGAAAAAGUCAACUUGAUCAAGUCGAGUGAGAGUGUGUUUGAUCCUAACACUCCCGGAGUCAACAUAAUUGAUGUUCACGCACCUUUUUCAGGGGUGCGGCCCAUGCCGGGAGACACGGUAGAAAUACUUGUCCCAAACAGCACGGGAACCAACGCAGGAGACGACGUUGCGCGGCUUUGCAAAGCCCUGGGGCUUGACCCGAAUACUUGGUGCGAGCUGCGUCGCUCUCCUUUUGUGCCUGAAGACAACUUCCCGCCAUGGCUUCCGCUCGAAGUGCCGAUCACGGUGGGACACCUCUUUUCUUUUUACAUCGACGUUAGCAGUAGCAGCUACCUGCUUCAUCGCAGUUUUUUCGAGGGUUUGUUACGGAUCUAUAACAACUCGAAAGCCAUGUCAAAGUCAUCCGACCUCGCACCCAGCACACGCGAUCGUGAGAAAGUGCAAUUGCUGAAGGAGUGUGCCUCCACCGACAAAGGAGCGGAAGUGCUUCGUACCAUGGCGAACACCGCGGCUCCCCUCUGCUAUCCCUCGCUCGCAGACGUCCUUGAGGCCUUUUCGUUUGUAAAGGUUCCUCUCGACAGACUCUUGGAAGUCACCGGACCCCUUCAACCACGAAAAUUUAGCGUCACAAACUACAUUCCAAGCAACGCUGCAGUUGAUCACAUCCAACUUUGCAUGCGAGAAGUUUGUGCACCGCGUUCACGCAACCUGAAUGCGAGCGCGGUGAGCGGAAGCCCGCGGCGCGUUGCUGAGAUGCUCAAUGAAGCCUCGUACGGAGUUUCCUCUGACUCCAGCGAGUUCUUCUUUGGGCACACGUCUCAUCCGCUCUGUAAUGCAGCACGGACAAGUCAGAAGGGUGCUUUGACCCUGCCAAGAAAGAUGUACGUCGGCUCUUCUCUCUUCGGGAGAACGUACUUUGCAAAACAACUUCAUGCUGGAUGCUCCCUCGUCUGCGAUCCUUCGCGUGCUAAGAAUCUGCGCAGCAUGGUUUUUUUUGUGGGGUGUGGAACUGGUAUUGCCCCACUUAUCGCGGCGGUGUCCCAGCUCAUGUACCUCCGAGCGUCUUCGUCGGGCGACGACGCACCGUACCCUUGUUGGGUUUUCUACGGUGCACGAACGGAGGCGGAGCUGGUGUACCACGAAAAACUUGAGUCGGCGCUGUCAACCGGUGCUAUAACCCAUUACGAGUGCGCCCUUUCGCGCGUUCAAGAGAAGGGGCAGAACCGCAGCCAUGUUACAGAUCUGCUCAAGAAACAUCAGACAGCUGUCGUGAAUGCGCUGGAAAAUGCGGGACAAAUGUUUGUGUGCGGCCCCGCAAGUGCGCUACGCGCAGUUCGGAAGGUUCUGGAAUGCGAUUUGCUCGCGGAAGCAGAUGACGACGACAGCGUGCGGGAGCAGAGAAUCUUCAUGUUGGAGAAGCAAGGUCGACUCCUUUUUGACAACUGGAGCACGGGGAGCAUUUUUUAA